AUAUUAACAGAGAUAAAUUGAAACCAAUACGAUUAAAUUAUGUUUGUUAAUAUUAAAUUUUUGUUCCUAUAUUUGAUUUUAACAAUUUCGAGCUGUUCGUGCUGCCACAAAUCCAAAAAACUAUAUCAAAAAGAUAUAUCAUCGGAAACAUCAGUGUUAGAUACCGGAAUAGGAUCACUUGGUUUAUUUCUGAGCAAUUCCGUAAAACACCUACCGGUUCCAAGACGAAAUUAUCAUUAUCGAAUCCAUCAUCAUUAUCACAACCGAGAUAAAGUAUUGAAAGAAAUACACGUUUUGCCACGUGAUAUAACCAUAUGCGAAGGGAAUCCAGGAUCUUUCUGUCCCAAUGGUACCUGGGCGCUUUGUACCAAAAACGGAGCAAUCAGAUGUAUCAGUAGCUUAUGGGAUACACUAGGAUGCGACGAAGGACCAUACCAACAUUGUGCUCAAGCUCAGCUUCCUUGUUUUCCUUAUUUACCGGAAUGUAGAAAUGGAACGAAAAAAUAUUUCGAGAUAGAUAUUCCUUGUAUAUCGAUGUUAAAGAUGUACGUGAAUUUGGUUUAUGUCAACGGUACUGUCAUAGCUCAAGAUUUGAUCAAAAUUUAUCCGCCGGAUAUAUUUUGUGUUACAGUUUUAGCUUUACCUGCCAAAUUGACAGAAGGCGAAGAACUUUUUAACGAUAUUAAUGAUAUAUUUGGAGAAUUCGCUGUUAAAUUAAUAUAAAUUAUAUUUUGUUGUAAUAAAUCGGAUUAGACUCAAGAUAUUUUCCUAUACAAGAAGCUUCAAUUCUACCAACUACGUUAAUUCUACUUACGUACAAGAUAAUGAGGAUUAUCUAGUCACUAAUGUCUAAAACUCAAUCUAUCGUUUUUAAACGGAACAAUAUCCUGACGACUACCACGUAAUUGCUUCAUAUUAAAAAGCAGAACAACCCCUACUCAAUCAUUUUCUCAAAUAUCACUGACACACAGAUGGCGCUGUCAUGUGACAUAUGACGUUUAUGGAGUACUAACUAUGUCAAAAAUAUCGGAACAUUUUAAUUGGUCAGAAAGAAGUGACAGUGUGUUAAUUUAUCAUAGCUUCUUGAAGAAAAAAAAUAUUCUACAAGCUCAAAAGUGUUAUCCGGACUCCGCUCCAUCGAAAAGAACAUUUUGUUAUUCUUUUACUGAAUUUAAACGUGGUCGUACAAACACCGAUGACGGUGAACGUUCUGGUUGUCCAAUUGAUGUUUAGGUUAGGUUAGGUUAAGUUCGUUAUAUCUAAUCGUAAAUUGAAAUAGCGUGAGAUAGCUAAGACCGUAAAGAUAUCAGUAUGUUUACAAUUAUGCAUGAACAUUUGACUAUGAGAAAGCUUUCUUCAGCGUUUAAGUAAAUCGUUCAAAAACAAUAACGUGUUGAUGAUUCAAAGCAGUGUUAGGUUAUGUUUACACGUAGUAAAUCAGAUUUUUUGCGUCCUGAAUCAAAAUGAUUAUCAUCUGAGUGGAGUGCAACGGUGAACCAGGUCCUAAACGUCCAAAGGUACAAUAGGGAAGGUUAUGGCUUCAGUAUUUUGGGAUGCGCAUGGAAUAUUGUUCUCCAAAAGAGAGAGACAAUCAAAAACGAAUAUUACAUAGAUUUGUGGGAUCAUUCAAAUGCAAAAAUCAAUGAAAAUCGGUCUAAUAUGCCGAAAGACAAACCACUAUUUCACCAAGACAAUGUACCUAUUCACAAAUCGAUGGCAACGAUGUUUGAAUUGAACGAAUUGCUUUCUCAUCCACCGUAUAGUCCAGAUCUGGUCUACAGUGAUUACUGGCUAUUCGCUGAUCUCAAAUUCAGAUAUUCAGCUCAGAUGAAGAAACAAUUACUGAAACUGGUGAUUAUAUUGAUAAAUAAAAUCGAUUUUUGGCAAAAAAUGUGUCACACUACUUAUUAAAUGAAGUUAUGAAGAGAAUAUGAUAUAUAUCAAACAACGGCACAAAGUCCAAUGGGAUUAAAUAGGGUAUUCUGGCGGGCAAUUACGUAGGUCACCUUCGGAUCCAUCGAUUUGGUAAACUAUUGAAUAUUUCCAUUGAAUGUUGCUACCCCGCUUCUCUGCAUCCCCUAAGAUCAUUCUGGAUGAAAUUGUUUAGUAUAGUUGAUGCAAAGUUUACUCUCGUUUAUCCAGUUAUUUUCCAGUGGUUCCAGCUCCGAAUAUUUUACCGAAAUUUGAUAUACGGUAAUUUCAUCAAAAGAUUUGUUGGUUUGGAUAAAAAUCAUACAAAAACGUACCAUAAAAACUUUAUUUUCAUUUCUUACAUAAUAAUUAAAUGUGAUAAUAUUUAUUAACACAGAAACUUUUGGCAAAAACGUUUUUUCUCGUUAAGAUCACAGAAAGUUGAACAAUAUAAUUAAAGAUAAUUCUUAUUUUCUAUCGAGUUGUCUUUUAUAGUAUUUUUGUUAAUAUUAAUUUAAAAAAUUUCUACUACAAAGACUUCUUUCAUUAAUGUUAAACAUUAUUAUAGCAAAAGAAAUAAGUACUUUCAAGUUCUUUCUAUUGAUUCUAAAAAAACAAACUAGACGCUAUCCAUUUGAAACGUAACAUUCUGACUCAUUGUGGUGUGACGAUGCUGUUACACUAGGUGUAUACUGAGUUGUAGAUAGGAGCAGAUGAGCCAGAUCCAGACUAUCACAUUUCAACAGAAGAAGUGUGACUAUUGCAAAAUAACAGAAGAGAACAAUGUUGAAGUAGACGAUGAAAAAACUGUUGAAGUAGUUAAUGAUAACAAUGUUGAAGUAGACGAUGAAAAAACUGUCGAAGUAGACGAUGAAAAAACUGUUGAAGUAGUUGAUGAUAACAAUGUUGAAGUAGACGAUAAAAAAACUGUCGAAGUAGAUGAUGAGAACAAUGUCGAAGUAGAUGAUCCUAUUAACUACAAGCUUUAAAUUAGUGAAGUCGAAGACUAAGUUGAUUUUUCGAUUGAAGAUUUGGAUUUAGAAUAGCGCCAAAGAAAGACAACAGAAGAUCAGUUUCUUCUAAUCAGAUAACAGAAGACACAAUUCAAGUUUUUGUAUGCAAAAAGUGUUCCAUUAUAUACAAGGGUUAUCCAAAAGGUUGAAAGGUUCUGUCAUCGUUUUUAUAAGGUAGAUCUGGACGACUUGGAACUCUAAUUAGUUCGGAUAGAAGACGUUCUAUGUUGAAUAUUUUCGGUAGACCAAAAGUAUGGAUAAGAUAAAUGCGAAUUAUUCAUGGACAGGUUUAUGAUUGAUUUUUUUUUGGAAGAUUUGUUUGAAAAACAUCCAAGGGAUAUAAAAGAUCGAAUUAAUAAAGUUAUAUCUUGUUA